UGCGCUUCCGUUUGUCCUUGUGUUACAUCCAGGAGACUCAGACCCUGAGCAUGCGUGGACAUUAAUCAACGAUGCGAAUGUACAAUGUUCAUGGCCUUGGAACAUUAAGCAAACAGUUUUGCCUAUCACACUUUUCCGACUACUCCGAUUUCUUUAGCAGCACCACUUGCUGUCUUGCACGUUUAGAACAACCGUCUUUAUCGUUGCAAGCCUAUCGUUCCAUCAUAAACUUGUAAUGCUCUGUUACGUGAACCAACCUUAAAUCGUGCAGUUGUCCGUAGAAAAAAGCCCUCGAAGAUUGUGCCAACCAAAAACGGCACAACUCGCGCUGUUUUUGCCGGGGCAGGGAAAAUGCGCGGCAAAAUGUAUCCGUUCAUUUAUUUCUUUGCGUCUUGCAUGGUAAAUGGCCAAUAACGGUACACCGGCGGAGUGUGACGAUUUUGCCGGCGGAUCAAACGGUCAAGGUUCAGCCGGUUGGGCCAGCGUCCCAAAGUCCCUCCCUCCUGCAGCCAAUCAGCAGCCAGGUGCGAUGUAUAAUACCGACCGGCGCCGAUACGUGUGUGUGAUGUGUGCCCGUCCUUAACCACAGCUGAUUUAUACCUUCGUCGGCCAGCAUAAUCGCCUUACUACUUCCAAUCUUUCUCUUUCCGCUGCAAUUACAUUUCUGCACUUUUUCCUUCGUGUGCGUGAGUGUGUUUGUGCGAUCUCUUAGAACGUCUUUCCUUCGAACGUUGAGCGUACCCCCCGACAGCAGCAAGUGUCCACUGCAUAAAUUAAUUAAUCUCUAAAGUCGUUUAUAUUCCCAGCGCAGCAGACCAUCUUUCCUCUCAUCAGUUUGACUCCCAUAUUUAUGACCGUUUUGAUGAACAUAUUUGUUAGCGUCUCUUCGCUUCCCCGGUAUUUUGUCCAGCGCCACCGCCGUUUGCCGAUGAUGACCUUAUACCGUUUGCCGUAAAUAAAAGAAAAAACCGCAUCCCAUUGCAAAAAUGAACUGCCGUGUGGUAACUCAGCAAUCUUUCGUUAUCUAUAUUUUUUUUCUGGCUUGCCUGCGCAGUGUCCUGCCCUGCCGGACAUGCAGUAAUGCUCAUUUUGAUGAUAAAGAACUGGAACGCAAACGCAUCGAAGUGGUCAAACAGCGUAUUCUCAACAAACUCAGACUAGACAGACCGCCCAAUGUUGUCAAUUCGCGACGUCAACUGCCAAGAAAACUGCCUAAUGACGUGAUGAUGUCCAUGUAUGCCGAUGAAGCCAGUCCUGUGGAGGAGGAUUAUGGAAUGGAAGAGUUUUACGCAAAAGAAGGUCCAACGAUGAUUUUUGCCGAUCCAGGAGUUACAAAAUGCCUGGGAAAAGGAGGAUCAUCGGUCUCAUGUCUAACAUUCACAAUGCCGCAAAUAUUAUAUAAAAAGUCCGUACAUUCGGCGGAACUUUACGUGCACGUGAAGUAUCCCGGAAGCAAGCACGUUUUUGGGAUAAAAGACCGAACAAACGACCAGGACUACGGUCUGGGCGUUUACAAUCUGGACGCUUCAAAAGAAGGAUGGCAGUCGGUACACGUAAAGGACAUGGUGGCACGCUGGAUCAUCCGGCCAUCACGUGUUGCCCCCAACCCCAACACAAAUGUGGUGCAGGUUUCCUGCGACAACUGCCACAGCGACAUUCAUACACUCAUAUCCGCCGAUGGCGACUAUGUGCCCUUUCUCGUCAUCAAUACCGAAAAUAAGAAGUCUCAUCGGAAUCGACGGGGUAUCCAGUGCCAACAAGGAUCCCUUCACUGCUGCCGCGAAAGUUUAUACAUCAAUUUUACCGAUAUCGGAUGGGAUAGCUGGAUCUUGGAGCCACGGGGCUAUAUGGCUAACUACUGCAAAGGCCAGUGCGGUGGCUCCGGGGUCAUCAAUUUGCCGACAUUUGCACACACGGCUGUCGUCCAGAGCCAUUCAGACAAUUUAGCCACGAAAGCCCGCGUAGAUCCACCAACCAGUUGCUGUGCGCCUACUCGAAUGUCCGGUCUUUCGCUAUUGUUUUACGAUGGUGAUGGAGCAGUACACAAAAGCAUCUUACCGAACAUGUCCGUUGAAUCGUGCGGGUGUGCAUAAAUGAUACCAAAUUGAUCUCUCCAAAUUACGUUUAAACGCUACUUGUAAUCCCUUCUCUGAAUACGGAUCCCAUGGAUUCUUUAUACCAACAAACACAUCUGGGAUUCAUCGUACUUCUUCCCUGUUGGACUUCCUGUUUAACUCCAGCCAUCCAUCCCCACUGACCUUUCAAAGUGUAUCGUGACCACAUCGUGUACCUAUGCUACCGUGGCUGGAUGUGUGUAAUGAUAUAAAUGGACAAUUCCUACGGUGCAAUCAGCUCUUACAACCAGCUGAAGCAGAUUAAUGGGGCUCAUAUAGAAAUCACCAGUUGAGCUUCUUCCAGUAUCAGAAUGACGUGUUUUUAAAUAACUGUAUGGUCGGUUUCCGGUGAUUUAUCAUCCAGUCUGAAUUUGCUGUCAUCGAUUAUUGCCGCUCACCGCGCCAGUCCCAGUAAAUUCUCAUCUGGAAUUUGCUGCUCUCGCCUGCUCAGACACAGUCAUGGUCGACUCUUCCGACCGACUGUAAGUGUGUGAUGUUAAUGACCUUUCCUUCCUUUUUUUGCGGAUAACCGGCGUGCUCCCGCUGCAGCGGUUUGUUGAUUACCAAAGCAUUCCGUUGCAGUACACGCAAAGCCGAUCUCAUUUUCUUCUUCUACUGUGCUCUUAUACAUGGAACGACAAGGCUGCGCUUCUCCUAAUCCGACGUUGCGGUCUGCUAUAUAAAUAUAUACAUAAUUGUUUAUGUAUGGAUUGUGGUUUUUGGGUUAUUAUAAUUUUUCGUAUCCUGAUCGGUGUUCUCGGCUUUUUUCUUCUUCUCAGUUGUGAUUCGACUGCUGACCGUGUUUUUUGUUUGACCAAGGAUGCAUUUAUGA